AUGAAGUCAACGCUCCUUUCAUGGGGGUCGCAGCUUAUGGCGGAGGGCCAGGUCUCCUCCGAAGAGAGACUUCUCCAAGGACACCAUCGUCAAAGUGCAUCUCGCAGCUUGAGGCUCUAUAGCCGUGAUGACGUCCACGGCCAGCUGGCGUACCACAAAAAACUGAUUGACAGUAUCAGACGUGGCAAACGUUUUGUCACACCCCAACACCGAGGUGGACAGUUACCAGUUGUGGAACCGGCAGUCCAGAUCGAGUUCUUUAGAAAAACCUCCAUGUCAAGGCAAUGGCUCUGCUUUGAUUUCAACAAACCAGUUGAGGUGCCCGAGUCUCCCCAACUUCCAGCUGCUCACGACGAACAAUCCUCGUCAGAGAGCUCUGACACUUCAUCCUCUUCUGACUCCUCUGAUUCAGAGGUCUCCAAAGAGGUUUCAGCGAGGGCAGCCAAACGCCCAAAAAUGGUGAUUCCCACCGACGAGCCGGACGAAGUGAUGGUUGCGUCGGUCUCCUAUGUUCAGCAUGCCAUGAUUGGCACAACAAAAGACUGGUUCCCUUACUUCCAAGGGCGACACUACCAAGCCGCUUGUGGAGCCCGCUUGGAUCCAGAUCGGGCUCGAUUCGCCCAAAGUGCCGAUCCUAGCUUGCACCUUUGCCAAAGACCCGCUUGCGUCAAAGCCUGGAAGGCUAUGCUGGUAUGCUCCCGCCAUGUCAGUGUCACAUUACCAUAUUUCUUUUCUCUCACCCUCGACCACGUCUCCAUGGCAGAGCCUUUGGAAACUGUUUUAGCUGAUGCUGGAGUGGAAGCGGCACUGGCUUCAGGGAUCAUGGCUGAUGGUUGGACCCUGAGAACUUUUCGAGAAAUAGCGGCCACUGCAGCAGAUUUUACCGAUGCUCUGUUUGCGGAGCUUUGCCCUCACAAUGAUCAUUUGACUCUUUUGCAAAAAGCUUCCAUCAGAUCAGCUUGGAGGAGCGCCCAACAACCAGAAACCCUUCAAGGUUCCUCUACCGACGGUUCAGUGCAGGUCGCGCACUCAGGAUCUGUUGCAGAUGGGUCAUGGUCAGAAGUUUUUCCACCAAAGUUGAACAAUGAAACGGUAACAUCGUUGAAGAAGCAAUUUCUGCAGAACUAUCCGUCAGAGGUUCUCACCUCAGAUACUCAACCAAGCUCCAGAUUACUUGCACUAGCAUACCAGCUCACCCAGAAGAAGGACUUCAAGUGGCUUCCUUGGAAGUUCCGCAUGUCAAUGUCUCGUUCAGAAGACAUGGCAAUGAGCAGGGCAUCCAAAGCCCCGCGCUUAGAGAACCUGCAGCUUCACCAGCUCUUGAUAGAUGAAGACUCAGGUUUACGAGCUCCCAAUAUGUUGGAAGCCCAGCAGGCAGACAAAACCAUUUGGUACCAUAUUUCCGAACUUUGCGAAUCUGCCACAUGGUCAUUGGAUGAUGCACUUUUGGAAUUUACACAGAACAGAGGGGAUCUAGCGACACUCCUGCAGCCCAGACCGCGGUUUCAAAAGAUUUCGCAAGCUCCAGCGAACACUCCUAGCAAAGGAAACAAGGGUCCCAAAGGUGGCUCCAAAGGCGCCAAGUCUUCCAAAGGUGGCUCCAAACCAGGAGUUCGAUGGCUCUCAGAGAUUGGGCGAGGUUCUCAGAAAAAGACUCUCUGUAUGCGAUUCCAAUCCGGCAAGUGCUCCAACAAAGAUUGCCGCUAUGAACAUGCUUGUGGAUAUCCCAAACCUGAUGGCACAGCCUGCGGCGCAAGCCAUGCCGCGGAGUACCAGGAAGUAUCACCGGCCAUUUUGGCCCCACUGCCAACAGUUUCCGACAUGGAGACGGAUCCCAAUAUUCAGACGGAACAUCGGCCGGAUCCUCAACCAGAGCAGCCUGACUGCGUCAAAGAUGAACAUGGCGUCUAUUUGAGCAGACGAUCAGCGGCCUAUCCAAAGGCGCUUGCAGAGCCGGACAAAGAAGAUCUCGCUGCACCGGACCUAUCCAUCCAUUUGACCAAUUGGAAGAGCGCAGAGGAUCACCCUGAUGUCACCCAACAACUGGUGGAGGAAGAGAUCUCCAAGGGCUGGCUCAUUUGUUUUGAUGGCAGUGUCGAAGAUGCCAAACAACGUUGGCCGCAUGGGGUUGCCAUAGGCAAACUUGGCGUUGCAGAGCACCAACAACUGCCCAGCGCUAAAGAGGUGCAGCGCUGCUACCCUUUAAGGGAACAUUCUGAGGAGCUGGGCGCCCUAGGUAUCAUCCGACUGCAGCAUGCCAAACGAGACAAGUUACUGAAACUCAUUGCAGAAUUGCUCCAGCGCCCCAAGACCUCCAAGAAGCAAAUCGAGAAGUUUGUGGGUCUGCUCCUCUGGGUAACGCAGAUCUUUCCUAUCAUGAGAGCAUUUAUUCAUCACUUGUAUGCUGACUUGUACAAGACGCUUGUGCCCAUGGAGACCGCUGCCAAGUUGGAGGCUUCUUACGAUCCGUUACCUCCCGAUUUGAAAGCAUCCGAACGCAUCCGUCUAUCUGCCAGCUGUGUUCACAGCUAUGCAUCCAAGCAUCCGGCCGUAGACCUCGCUGACGUUGAAAUUUUGGAACCACCGGGGAAAAAGAUCCGUUUCUCUUUGGAGGAACGCUUUGAGAAAUUGAUGGAUCGCACUCAGGAGGGCUUCGAUUUGACCAGAGGAGCCUUAGAAAAGGUGCAAUUGCAUCUUGAUCUGAGCAAGAAGGUCAGCCAAGACCUUUCGCAGUUAGCACGAGAAGUGCAUUGCGAGAAAAUCGGAGCUAAGUACCAGUUGGCGCAACUCCAACAGGUACUGUCGUCGUUCCAAAACCUGGAAUGGCAGGUGGGCGGUACCAAGAGUGAGGCAAACACCAGCCUCAAAGGUAUCAGCAACAAAAUCCUGGGAGCUCAAACAGCUUGCAAGGAAGGGCUCAAGGCCCUGCAUGGAGAGAUGCGUGAGGGCAACGAGAGGGUAGUCCAAGCCAUCACUGAUGGAUUCAACAAGCUGACCGCAGCUAUGGUGGCCAAUGCACCACCUGUGAAAGAAGCCUCAGCUCCAGCAUAUCCUCCGGUACCACCACCGACUAUGCCACCAGGAACACCUCCUGCAGGAUCCUCAGUGACGUCCACGUAUGGUCUUCCUGGAUAUGCAUCCAGCUAUGGUCUGCCGACACCCAAUCUGCCGACACCCAAUGCGCCGAUGAUCAACACACCACAGACGCCGGCAAGAGUGCCUCCGACUUCGAUGGGGUCAAUGGCAAAUAUUCCAACAGCGCCUGCUGUUGCCACGGCUGCAAGGAAUGAGCCGCAGCCUCCUAUGGUGCUUUUGGUGGCUGAUGAAUCAGGCGCACAGCGCCGUGUUGCAGUAUCGCCUACUCGACACCUGUCGAGCAACAACCUUACUCAGAGUAGGUUGCGUGUCACUUGCUUCGCCUUUGCAGUGGAGAUAUCCGAUUGUUACAGGGACCUUGCCGAGUUGACCCAGGUUACAUGGACUGAAUCACAAGAAGCCAAACUGGACACUGCAAUGAAAAGAUGGUACGACAUUGUGUUGCGUUUUCCUCUUGGCAUUGGAAUCAAAGAUCAAUUGUCAUUGCUAGCAGACGUCCCUGACCAAUUGAGGGUUCUGAGGGAUGUUUUUGCCACAAAGGCACCUCUGACUCUCAUCAAGAGGGCAAACUCACUUCAGCGAUACAUCAAUUUUCUGGACAGUCAGGGUAUGUUGUUCCCUGGAGAUGAGGAUGCGUUGUACCGACAUUUUUGUUUGGAGAGAGAGUCAGGGAGCCCUUCGAGUCGCUUGCAAUCAGUUGUGGAGGCUUUGAGGUUUACAGAGCAUGUACUGGGGGUGUCGCAGCUCAGCGCUGAACUUCUCUCCAAAAGAGUUUUGGGGGCCUCAAAGUUUCAAUCAAAUGGACCCCGAAGACAGGCCUCUCCAUUCACGGUGAAUGAACUCAAGAUCCUACAUAGCGUCCUGGUUUCAGAGGACGAGGACAUCUGGGAUAGGACGAUGGCAGGUGCAACUUUGUGUGCAGUUUACAGCAGGAGUCGUUGGAGCGAUCUGCAACACUCCGAAGCCAUGCUGUCAGACCCAGAUCAUUGGGACCCUUGCUUCAUUGAAUUCACCGUCAAAGAGCACAAGACGAAGAGGGCCAAUGCUUGGGUGGAAGGUUUCUUGCCAGCCGUUGCAGUAGCACACGGCGUCACCUCAGACAACUGGGGUAGGACUUGGCUUGUUGUGAGAGAUUGCAUUGGUGGUGAAAUUUCAGCGGGCUUCCCAGUCAUGCCUGCCCCUGGCGGUGAUCAUCAACCCACAAAGCGUCCCAUAACCUCGGACGAGAUGGGGAAGUGGGUCAGAAUGUUGCUUGAAAGGCAUGGAGCCGACCUGACAAGCAGGAAGAUUACAUCACAUUCAUGCAAGAGCACUUUGCUCUCGUACAUGGCGAAGUUUGGGUGCGACAUCACAACGAGGGAGAUCUUGGGGGGACAUGUGAGUCACCUCAAGAGUGUCCUGACUUACAGCAGGGAUGGCUUGGCGGGACCGCUGCGUGAGUUGGAGAAGGUGCUGCUGUCGAUCAGACAAAACAAGUUUUGUCCAGACGCGUCGAGGUCUGGCAGGUUCAAUGAUGCUUGCAAAGUCGAAGAUCCCGAGAUAGCUGGACAAGUGGCGUCUGAUGGGGCUGCUGGUGUCAUCUCAGUGGCAGACAGGCCUAACGAAGCGCUGGCAGUGGAUUCCGACUCGAGCGAUGAGGGAGACAGCGACACAGACUCUUCUUCUGACGAGGAGGCAAGCAACCUUGGGCGAGCUGCCAGGUUGGUGAAAUGCCCCACCGCUCCGGUUGGCACAACUUUGAUACAACAUGAAAAAUCAAAGAUGUUGCACUUGCUGGCCGAGGGAUAUCAGAAGAUUUUCAUGUGUGGCCGACAAAGAGGGAACGCUCACAAGCCACCAGUACAUGUCAGGAAGCGUUGCGAACAGUUGCAGGCUGGUCUAGCUGACAAAGCCGAGGCGCAAAGUUUGACAACUUUUUCAACGUUUGCGUUCUCAGUAGGGUCUCCACAGAACCAAGUUACAGAUGCGGAAAUCACGAAGCUUGCUGAAUCAAUUUAUGGUACACCAAGUUUGGGUGAUGUGGCAACUGUUAGAAGACUGCAUUUUGAAUCUUGCACGUAUCUUCUCAAUGACAUGAAGACGAACGCCCUGAACACAGAUUCGUCGGAGCCUUUGAAGAAACUGCCUUUCGUUGAAAAACAAACGAGGCUUGAGGCACAGAAAAAGAGAAUCACAGGGCUGUUGCACAAGCCCGAUCAACAGCCUGCUCACAGCCUCAUCGAUUUGGCCUUCCAUAUUGUAGAGACAGGAGCACUCACUUACAUUGGGCCAUCAAAAUGUCAUUCACGUGAAAUGGAGAUUCAGGCGGAGUCAAAACAGAAGUCAAAGCAAAUCAUCACCCUAGAACAGGGAUCAUUGAAGUCGGCGACCACGAGCUCCAUGUCAGACGUGGACACCUCUACGGAGUUGCGUUUGUUUUUCGCAUUGCAACGCAGACAUCUGGCAUUUGAGAUUGUGCACUUGUUGUCUUGGCAACCGUGUCAGGUGUGGCUGGACAAGCUGAUGGGUUCCCUGAUUCAAGAACCACUGCAUGCGGCAUCCAGCCUGGGCCUCACCCAAAUUUUGAAAGCAGACAGGGAGAUUUUUACUCUCAUGGCCUCUGAAUACAGUGGCAGUCUCAUUGCCGACAAGGGAAAGGCUCCACCUUUGGAUGACAUUUUCACACGUUUGAUGCAUGAUCCAAGAGUCAAUGUGCAUCUUAUUGCAAUGCCCCGCGUUCACCAACCUGCUCAGAAUCCACAGUUGAAGGGAACCAAACGGGAAAAUGAACAGACUGCUGGUGGACCAAAAGGGCAACCUCCGAAGAAACCCCGUUUCAAUGAUCGUGAGCCAGCAAAGAUCCCGGAGGAACUCAAAGGCCUCAAGCUCAGACUCAGUAAAGCCUGCCGGAAACUCGGACUACGAGCCUUGCCAAUAGACAAGGACCCCAAGCGUGCGGAGAGUUGUGCGGUGGCAAAUUAUGACUUGUCGGAUCCACAGCAAUACAGCACCUUGGUUGAAGUUUUGCAUGCAGAAAGGGAAUCCAUAAUACAUGCACAUUGCGCACCGAGUUGUGGCACAGCAUCCAGAGCACGUGGAAGAAAGGUGCCAGGUAUGCCAUUGCAUUUGCAACCUCAACCUCUGCGCAGUGAUGAUUAUCCAGAUGGUUUACCCAACCUGUCGGAAAAGGAGCAGGCCCGAGUUGACAGUGCAAAUGCUUCUUACAAGGCCACUGCAGACAUUUUGUCGCUCCUGAUCGGGUGGAACGUUUCGGUUUCGAUAGAGAAUCCUGCAAAGUCCCUUUUCUGGAAGACCAGCUGGAUACAAAAGCUCCUGCAGCGUUUUCAUGAUGGCCAUGACACUUUCCUAGAUCACUGUCUGCAUGGUGGUGCCCGUGACAAAGCCUCUCGGUUUUGGUCGUACAAUCCAUGGAGACCAUCUGAAAACAUGCUUGAAUCACUUGCCUUGAAAUGUGAUGGAAGCCACACGCACAAAUCUUGGAAGCCAUCUAUUGUGGAUGGCGUGGUCUCAUUUCCCACAAAGGAAGAAGCAGCAUAUCCAACCACGUUGUGCGAGCGGUUGGCAUCAAUCUUCUUAUACUGGGCAAGGGUUAGAAACCUCGAGGGACCCAAAGACCUGGUGGAACAAACAACAGCAGAUUUGGACGCAGGCAAACGACAGUUGUUCACCGGUCAACCCAGGACAAAGACCAUCCUGCAGCCGGUGUCGGAGUUUGGUCAUUUUGUGGCAGUGGCUAUCCCCAUCAAUUGUGACGAUCUGCAUGCAAUCAUAGCUUCCUUGCAAAAGGGCUCCAAGCCCACAUCCCGUACAGUUCAGCGGGGGUGGUCCAGGGAUGUCUUCAAAGCAAAUAACCAUGGCAAAGUCAUAGUGCACAAAGACUUGAAACAUGGACAAGACUACGAAGUGGUCAUGGUUGGCGUCCCCAGAACUCCAACUGAGUUUCUGGAAGCAGCCCGGUUGGUUGGACAUCCUCGAGGUCAUCUGGUCAGGACUUCAAUGGAUGUGGAUCAAGCAAUUAAGGCCAAUCUGGAAUGGCCACAACAUCAGCUCCUUGCGCACAGGGCGACAGUGUUCAAAGGUUGGCUGAAAAAAGCAGCAGAGCUGAGAUCUGAAGAGAGUGCCUUGCAUGACAAGCUCCCUCAACACCUGAAACAAAUCCUUUGUCGCAAAAAGCUACUCUUGUGGAAGCACAUUCUGGUCAGUCUGGGCUAUGGUGAUGCAAAGAUUGUUGACGACAUCAUAGAAGGUUUUUCUUUGACAGGGUGGGCACCUGCAACUGGUGUGUUUGACAAACAUGUCAGAGCAGCCUCGAUGACGGUGCAGCAAUUGGAGGGCAUUGCGCUUGGUUUGAACUCCGCAGUUGUGGGAGCGUUGAUGAAAGGACCUUGGACUCCAUUGGAUGCUGAUGCCUUGGAGGAGACUAUUUCCGAGGUUGAUAAAGGUUGGUUGGCUGAAUGCAAAGAUGUUGACAUGAAGGGUCAAUUCAUAGCAAAGCGCUUUCCAAUUCAACAGAAAAGCAAGAUGAGGUUGAUCGACGACUUCUCGGUGUGUGGUGUCAACUCCACUGUUGGACUGCCUGAGAAGCUCAGGGUCGAAUCAGUCGACCAGGUUGUGGCCAUCUUGCUGGCGAUGAUGCGAUCGGGUCAGGGCACCAUGAGACUGCCGUGGGUCGGCCGCACGUUCGACUUGAAGGCGGCGUAUAAACAAUUUGGGGUCAGUGAGGAAGACUCCAAACGCUUGAAAAUAGCUUUGAAAGCGGGGCCGGAUGCAGUAAGAUUCUUUGAUGUCUUGGCUUUGCCAUUUGGAGCCACAGGCAGUGUGGUUGCUUUCCUGCGAGUGGCGGCAUCCCUAGCCUUCAUAGGCACCAAUGGACUCCACAUAUGUUGGUCAAGCUUCUUUGACGACUUCACUGCGGUGUCGCCGAUGUCACUGUCGGAUAACACCCAGAUCUACGCACUUUUCAGGCUGUUGGGGAUUGACUUUGCGUCAGAGGGUGACAAAGCCCCGCCUUUCAAUCAAGUUUUCAAAUCCCUGGGUUUGCAGUUUGACCUGAACAGGGUUGAUGAAGGAUACUUCACCUUGGGCCACACCGACUCGAGAAGACGGGAGUUGCUUGAACAGAUUGAGACUAUGAUCGAAGGACGUGACACUUUGGUCAGCGCCAAAGAACUUGAAAGGUUGCAUGGACGUCUUGUUUGGUUCAACGCUUUUGUCUUCGGUCGCACCCUGAAAGCAGCAGUGAGUGUGAUUUCAAAGUUUUCUAGAUCCUCAUCAAACAUGGUGAAAGUGCACGGAACUCUGAGAGAUGCUCUUGUGAUUCUCCGAGCUGAGCUUGCGAAGGACGAGCCUGUCCUAGUGCACGAGGCAAUCUCAAAGACUUGGAUGGUUUUCACUGACGGUGCCUAUGAACCAGAUGGCACGGUUAAAGCAUCAAUUGGCGGUGUCUUGGUGGACGAGAAUGGCCUGGUGGUUGAAUGCUUUGGACUGGAGAUUGACGACAGUUUAAGAGAGGAGUUUUUGGCCAAGAGCCAGCACCCGAUCUAUGAACUAGAGAUCUUCCCUGUCCUGGUUGCCCUCCGAACUUGGAAAAAACAAUUAAGCAAUUCUCAGGUAGUGUUUUACUUGGACAACGAUGCAGCAAGGAGCGCUUUGAUCCGAGCGGAUGGAUCGACUGAGUUGUCACAAGUCCUCAUUGCUGAGUUUGUGAAACUUGAAAAGGAUACCGGUAUCCUUCCUUGGUUCGCAAGGGUCCCUAGCGCCAGCAAUCCGGCGGAUGAUGCCUCUCGACUGGUGUUUAACACCCCGUGGCUUCUUGGUGUGCCAAAACCUUCCAUUGUCCUUCCAGCUCGGUUGUCACAGUGGGGUAUGUCAUAG